AUGGGGAGUGUCCGAACUGUCGCUUUCAUUAGGAACAAAGUUCAUACAGUAGACGAAGUCCGCCUCGCACGGGGUAUUGAAGUGGCACCGCCUGUACGUGCGUCUGUCACAAUGCUGCUGCGAAUAAUACUUGAAAAGUGACUUGUCAGCGAGAACUUGAACGAGAAAAAAGCUGAAAGGCCAAAGAAAAGUUCCGGCCUGUCUGUACAAGCCGUCGCUUGUUCGUUUCGUGGUAGACGAAAGCAAAGAACGACAGACUUCACUCACCAUUCAAACAAGCGGUACAUUAGACUUGCCUCGGCAACGUGGUGUGGUAUCCGGCUUUGGGCAAAAAAACAUUCUUGAGGAAAUCCCUCAGCGACUUGGAUAUUCACUUAUGUGCAUAUAGGUAUGCAGGAGCUCUGCUGAUGUAUGCGAAUGCGCCGUUCGGUCGGCGGCCCAUGGGUAUAUAUAGUCCUUCAGGCAGAAUCAACAGAAAAUUGAUCGAGCGGUUGACCGCGGGCAAAUAUUGGCAACUUGGGACUCUUCCGAAACUCGAAGCGCUGCAGACGGUUCAUAAAAAUGUCAAAGGAAAUGCGACUGCCUUUCAUAAAAAACCUAAAUAGAACGUACAGAGUAAACAAAGCUUCUGCGCAACUUGUAUGAGACUUCACAAGGAAUAUCGAAAAGUCUGCCAUAGCGAAAAAGAAGUUUCACCAAAGUGACCGUGUUCAGGGGGGUGAGAUUGUAUAGUCGGCAGAGGACGCCACGAAGUAGUGCGAGGGACGUUUGAAGCAUUUUUCGGUUAGACGCCCAAGAAAAGAAAGAUAUCGAAUGGAGAUAACUGAUGUGCUGAAGAAACAUCGAAUACACGCUAAAGACGCUCUAAGAGCAUUAAGCACGAUUAUGAACCGUUGACGUCACUGCAGUUACAGCUGGGCCAAUAAGCUGUCGUGGUUGUGCUUCAGUCAACUCCAUUCAGCAAUGUACUUUUACUGUUCAGGGACAAGAUGAUUGGGAAAACCUUCCAAUGGGCAAAGGGUUGCCGUAGCACACAGAGAUGUCUCUGUGAUAUGGGCUUCGAGCCUGGAACGUCAAUUAAUAAUUUACCGGUAAGGACAUGGCCUAAUUCCACAGGUCAGACGCAUUCCGUUUAAUCUCACUCCCUGGUUCCAAGCGAACUCAAGCAAUGGACAAAGCUGGAACGUAUACUCUCAGGAUCUUAUUGAAUGUAUUGCUUAAGUUGGUCGAGUAUUCCAGGCUUCGUUAUAUGAGAAGGCUUUCACAACGGACGCAUUCGGUGUAACCAUUGAACUAGGGACGGGGGACAGUACGCAAACUGACGAUGUUAGAUAGUUAGGGACGGUAAGCACGUCAUUGAGCUUUUGUAAUGCGUUUUACGUAAGUACAAGAUUGUCGGUCCCAAUACUGUUGAAGGCCUGCAUCGCGGUGUCCUAAACCAGCUCCGGAUAAACAAGGCGACUCCGUCUGGACGUUUGCUAGCUGAAAGAACACCUUUGUGAUCACUUUAAUGUCCAUUGGGGGAAAAAAAGCUUGAUUUUACAUUAGGGAUGAAAGCGCAUUUAUUUGUUCUUCUUCACCAGAUUCUAUGGAAAUCAACGUGAGCACAACUGCGAAGAAGAAAUGUUUUGAAGGGUAGUUCCUUCAAAGGUCGAUUGCACGAAAGCUUUUUUUAAGUCUCGAAAAAGAAAGAUAGCGUUUCAAUCUACGCGAAAUCGAUUCAGGAAGGCAGAAUGCACAUUUUGAAGUCUCCGAAUGGAUGGGUGGGAAUUCCAUUGUGAUCGAGUCGUAUUCUACCGCCGCCGUCUGCCACACCCAGAGUUUGCAUCGCUUUUCGCAUGGUCUGUUCCCAUUUCAAUUUUGAUUCGUCACCAGUUCUCUGUCCGGUGCCGUCGAGGAUUGAUUCGUUCGAGCCGAUCUAAAACGUAGUUUGCGCGAAGUGUUCGCUUCGCUGACGAAGAGUCUUUUCAAGCUCUACAUUUAACUUCGAAGCAAAUGAAAAAGUUUUCGUAGGAUAACACAGUUCUCUCAGUAGGGCUAUAGGACGUUGGGAGAAUACGAUCUUGAAGAUAGAGCAAUGCUUUAGGAAGACGGAACUUCUAAAGGACGGGAAAAAAAGUCAGCGCACGGUAUUCUUCAACUGGAAGCGUUCCUUCAAUUGUUGUCUAAAUAUAAUCUAGCAGGCAUAUCGCCCAAGGAAAUGCGAAAACAGACAAAGGAAGCUGAAAUUGCUAAUUUUUUUCUUACAACGGAAUAGAGUAUACCGUCUGCGGUUGAGUGUGGUAUUUCAGUUGCUUUUCAGUCAACGUCCGAUUCAAGGCUUUAGUAGAGAGAAGUCCACUCGGAGUGCGGCAACCUACCGAGGGCUUCGUUGAAGUCAUUGCUUCUGAACCAUAACCGCGUUUCCAAGAGGCGUUCUUGGUGCAUAUGUGACGAGAACACGUGAAACUUUGCUUUCUCGAAUCAACCUCUGUGCAGUGUAUACAGCUUUCAAGCUGAAUUUUGCAGACAGACCUGUUCAAGAAAGUACAUGCGCCUAAAGGUUGACCUUAAGAUACUGAGACCUUAAGAUAUUCCAAACGGCCGCGUACGGAAGUAAGAUUCGGGCCAGUGGUACCAUGGUGAAUACGGUUUGUGCCAAGAAACGGUGAGAGAAUCUUGCCCUGUUUCUCGGGAGCGGACAUUGUCUAAACAACCGGAAGAAGCUCGUGGUUCUGACCAAGCUUUCUUCACGCGAGCCGUGAGCUUGACUUUGAGCCGACGGAAGACCGCAAACGAACGUCAAGUGCAGCACGCCGCUGCUUCUUCGGCCCGGACCCUGCCCAGCGCGGCCAGAUGCUUCUUCUUCUCGUCAACUUCGUCAUCGCCGUUCUGGGCUACAGUGGUCGGGGCGCCGCGGGCGUCGACUGCAGCCGCGGUGCCGACUUUGGCGCGGGCACCGUGGGCGCGUUGUCCUCGACCCGAGCUAUCGUCCCGAGACGUCGGACGGCGACGUGCGAGGAAGCCGAGCAGGACUGCAUCGGCCGGCUGACUUGCGGCAUGGCCUUCCACGGCCACCGCCUGGACUGCAAGCGGGAGCUGGCCGGUCGCACCCCGGGGCGCUGCUCGGUCCACUGCCGCCAGUCUCUCGUCUCCCUGGCGAGCACCGAGGAAGGCUACGCCUACAUCGGCUGCGACUGCGGCGGCGACGACUACUGCCGGGCGCUGCGACUGCGGCUCGCCCCUUGCUGGUGGCAGAAGCCCUGCGCCUCGUCGACGUCGACCGCCAGCGCGACGGCGUUCCAGCUGCCCGGAGGUCUGACGCCGGUCGCUUCUUCGCCGUCUUCGUCGUCGCCGCCAUCGUCGACGUCUUCGACGACGGCAUCGUUGUCUGCGAGACCGCAGUGUUCCCGACUGGCCCAGGACUGCGUCGCGGACCCGGUGUGCUCGGUGGCGUGGGACUACUACCGCCGCUUCUGCCACGAGGUGCUCGACGGCGUCGCGGACAACUGCUCGACGCGGUGUCGCAACAGCGUGCGCAUCCUGGUGCGCAUGGAGAAGGCACACCGAGUACUGGACUGCGCCUGCGACGGUCGAGUCACGCGGGUCACGUGCGGAAACGAACUGAACCGGAUACGCACCGCCUGCUUUCACCUGGGCGGCAUAGAACCCAGUGGCGGAAGCGCAGGACUGCGAAGUGUAGGUGGUGUCAUGGGGAGUGCUCUGCUGUUGGUGUAUCUCUUGACCUCGUUUGCUUGGUGACUUUAGUGUGUCAGUGAGACCAGUGAAGUUCUUUUCUUUCUUUUUCUUGCAUGCGCAGCGGCGGAGACUGUGAUAGCACAGUCUCAUAGGCUCGAAAUCUGACAUCAAGAUAACUUCCUAAUGUGUAUGAACGACCAUAUAUAGUCACAGUUGGAGUACUAAUUGACGACGGACCCCUUGCACGUUAUGCUUCUUUUGGCAUUCAAUUUCUUGUAUGCUCAUUUUCGAAGCGCUCGCUUGCAGUGUAUAUGGAGCAGUAUGUUUUCCCGAUGGCGAUCUUAAGAAAGUGACGAGUACAGUCAACGGACUAACAGUGGGGGAGAAAGAAGUGACAAUAUCUGUUUGAGGCUAGACUAAUAUGCUGAAUUGAUCGCGAAGAUAAGUUAAUUCACAAAUAUAGGCGAUGAGGUGCAGGCCCAAAAUUGGUAUUCCACGAACUCAGAUACAUUUUCGAGAAUGCGAUGAUACUUCAGCGAAAGUAAAUCUCAUUGAUUACUGGAAAUCAGUGUGACUUUGGCAUAAUACCUACCGGACGCGAGCUCAUCUCAAGCGACUGCAAUGUUGCGGUGCCUGCAAGCGCUUCAUCCCGCGGACAUUUGAUUCAACGGAAGAAGACAAAGAAAUGGACACUCCACCUGUUAUCUCCUCUUCUCAAACUCCUUUACUGCGACAUAUACAGCAAUAAAUUUCACCUAAAACCGUGCAAUUUCGCCCAAAUUCUGUUCACU